AUGAACCGAAAUUUUGUUUUUGCACUCAUUUUAUUGGCUAUGCUUUCCAGAAUCAAUGCUAUUCCACAUCAACUUCAUAAAAGAACUACUGAAUUUGAUGCAUGUUCUAAUCUUCCGCCAGAAACACCCGUACUUGAUGUAACAAUUUCACCUGAUCCUGUCGUUCCUGAAUCAACAGAUACGUUUACUAUUUCCGGAACACUAAAGCAAGAUAUCACUGAUGACUUCAAACUUUAUAUUGUAUUUACUGAUGAGCAUGGAAAUAUCAUAAGUAAUGAUAUAUUGGACAUCUGUAAAGAAGUUGCAUGUCCAAUUAAAGCUGGAACUUUAUAUCAAACAACACAGGAUGUUUAUGUACCAACAUUACGUGGAACAUCUUAUAUUGUAGUUGGAAUUGCAAAUGGUACUGAAAGUAGUGAUGAUGUACUAGCCUGUUCUGUUGCUACUGCUUAA